AUGACGCUCGCGUCGGAGGCGGACGCCGCGGGCGAUUUCGCGUGGUGGAUCCACGAUAAACUCAACGCGAAAAAUUCCGCGCGCGCGCCGACGCCGACGCCGGUCGGUUCGCCGCCGGAACGGUCGCCGAGCGCGCCGACGACGCCGCCGCCGCCGGGCGUGCUGACGCCGCCGCAUCGACGCCGGUCGAUGACGGUCGUCGCCGCCGCCGUCGCGGCGAACCGACCGGCGCCGCCGCCGCCGCCGACGCCGACGCCGACGACGCGACCGACGCGACCGCCGCGACCGCCGCGGCCGCGCGCCGCCGCCGUCGUCGACGACGACGACCGCGAGCUCCGCGUCGCCGCCGAGCGCCGCCGCGCGAUCCACGCCGCGAUCGCGCGCGGGAUCUCGGGCCUCGCGAGCGACGCCGACGCGCACCGCGCGAAGGUUGUCAAGUUUGAACGCGACGUCGCGCGGAACCGGCUCGACGCGUUCACCUCCGAGAUUCGCCGCGAAAUCGCCGCGACGGACGCGAAGAUCGCGUCGCUCCUCGAGAGCUACCGCGCGCGCGUCGCGCGUUUGGACGACGACAUCUUCACCGAGCGCGCGCGCUUGAGGGCGACGCAGGACGCGAUCACGCUGGAGCGUCUGAACCCGGAGAAGUCGUCGAUCGAGACGGGCGCGUCCGCGGACAUCGCGAAACUUCUCGCCGACGCCAACGCCAUCAUGAAUCGCGUCGCGUCGUUCACCGUGUCCAGAGACGCGCUGACGUGGGCGCUGGCGCGCGAGGACGCGGAGGCGGACGCGGACGGUGGUAACGACGGCUGCCCGGUGAUCCGCGACCUGCGCUCGAAACGCGUCGCGCUGGAGAAGGAGACUCGAGGGCCGGUCGCCAAGGCGCUCGAGGUGGCCGUGCUCGUGAAGGAGGCGGCGAUGCGGUCGGUGGAGAGGGACCGCGCGGCGGCGGCGGCGGCGGCGACGGCGGCGGCGCCGACGCCGACGCGCGGCGCGCGCGGGCGGUCGCGACCGGGGUCGGGGUCGUCGCCCUCUUCUUCUUCGCCCUCCGCGUCGACGCGGCGUCGGUCGACGCUCGAGGACGUGUUCGGGCGCGAGUUCGGGUCCGUGACGGCGUCGUCGCGGUGGGAGCGUUCGCGCGUCGGCAUCCUCGCGAAGACGAAGAACCGCGGCGGUAGCGGCGGCGGGAACGAGAGCCCUCGGUCGCCCGUGACGCCGGCGGAGUCGUCCGUCGCGACGUCCUCGAGCGGGAUCCCGAGCAGUAGGGGCACCGCCGCGACUACUUCUACUUCUUCUUCUUCGGACGACGCGACGUUGCGCGUCGUCGUCGAGACCCCGUCCGAGAUCGUCGCCGCCGCCUCGACGCCGCGGUCUUCGUCCGCGAGCAAGCCGAGGAACCUGUGGAAGCACGGCAGAGGCGAGCUCUUACCGAAAGUACUGACUUGGAACGGUAUACCCGUCGCGACGCCGACGCCGCCGCGCGCGGGUUCGGCCGCGAGGGGCGCGAGGGCGUCGUCGAAGGUCUCGCCGCUGCCGCCGGGGAAGGAGGAAGAGGACGCGGACGCCGCGGCGGGGAGCGCGAAGGCGAAAAAGAAGGUGAAGGCGGCGGCGCGCGUCGCCGGCGCGGCGGCGAGCGCGAGCGCGAACGCGAACGACGACGGCGCGAAAUCCAAGAGCUGCGUCGUCAUGUGA